AGGCAAGUACCAUUCUUUUUUAUCGACCUACAGUGUUUGUUACUUGAAGAUUCAGACAGUUAUUCUAUUCUUACUGAAAAAGAGAGAGAAGAGUUCCUCGUUCGCCUGUUCAGACACAUUUGUAUUGGAGGUGAAAUAUGUCAACAAGAAGAUGAGAUUAAGCCAUACAUUGAUACUGUACGCAAAAUAUAUCGUGAUCUAAUAUGUGUUCAGAAGAAUCCUGAUUCAAAAGCAAUCGAAAUUGUUUCCCAUGUUUACGAAGUUCGUGUGUAUGUAAGUGAAUUACCAGGCUUAAUUUUGAAAAAUAUACCUUUGAGCGCUUAAUUCAUUGUUAUAGCACGUUGGUUAGGUUCCUUUUACAUCAUUAACAACAUGACUUAAAAAAAAGACAGUGUAAAACGGUUUCAAUACAUUUAUGUAAGUGUUGGUCCUCUUCGUGUGUGUAUUUCCGUAAAUUUAUGAGUGAGUAAUACUGUAUUCUUGGGUACUUUUUAUUUGAGCAAAUCAGGAUGGUGUUGUGUGAAAUUAAGUUUACAUUUGCCCAGACUCUUGUAUCUAUGAAAUUCGUGAGUGACUGUGUAACCUGUCACUACUCACCAUAUCAUAUAUUAAGAGGACGAACUGAUGGUAUUUACAAAUGCGAGCUUUUGUCUUCACGAUAAUUUUGACCUGCAAUAAAUUCUUCAACCUAACUUUAAACCAUUACGAUCAAGUGUGCAUAUAUAGUCUGUCAGCCAGUAGGACGUGAGACGAAUAUUAUCUUCGUUCAGACUGUCAAAUUGCAUAUCAACAUAUAAAUUUUAUGAAAUGAGGAGAAGAUGGUUUUACUUUUAACCACAACAAAUAUUGUAGCGUCGGGGAUCUAGUUUAAGAGGAUAUAACAAGGUCCAAGAAUGAACAGUUAAAGUGCUAAUUAACCUAAGAGUUUAGAAAAAAAUUAGGUCCUCAAUACAACUGUACCACACUGGUUGAUUUCUUUACACAUCACCCAACCUCUAUAAUAAUUGAUCACAACGAUUGCUUAGUUUUAAACUCGUAAGUCUCGAUCGUAUAGACUUUGCGCAUAACAAAUUGAUGCAGUAGAUAUGCAACUUAAAAUUACAUGGUAAACGCGUCAUAUAUACUUUGUAGAUGACUCGCAUGCCGUUUUCAACAUAUCAUUUUAUCUACCAAACGUUUUUGCGUUAGUUCUUUAUAGUUACGUUGGGGCUUAAAUGUUGUAGCGGCAAAUAAAUCCCCAAAAGCAAUGGC